AUGGAUGUCUCUCCACCAGCUUAUGAAUCCUAUGAAUUUAUGGAAGAGCUUCAUGCACGUCAUGGAAAGAGAAAACAAGAAGUUCUUCUAGUGCCUUUACCCACUCAUACUUUACCACUUCAUUAUGAUCUCAACUUAGAUUUAACCCAAUUUCAACAAAGAAUCGUUCGAGGAAGUUUGACUGUACAUUUGGAUUCGUUUGGAAACUCUACGGAUGAUGAAAUUCUAUUUCAUGUAGGUACCCGUGUAAAUAUCGAAAGGAUACGAUUGAGGAGGGAAGGUAAAAGAGUGUACCCAAAGACUCUGAAGAGAGAAGAUCAAAAGAAGCUUGCUAGGUUGGUGCUGAAGGAGCGACUUCAACGAGGACGAUAUCUCCUAGAAAUGGAGUACAAUAGCACAAUAUGUGACGAUGAUGGAGGAUUGCAUUGCUAUUAUGAAGUUGACUCGGUCAGUUGACG